AUGAACGAACGGCUAGAAGACCCUCUGCACUGGUUUGAGCACAAUUUUGGGCCUAACAAUUAUGCGUUCUUGGAAGGAUUUUAUGACUGGCUAUUGAUCAAGAUACUGGCCGCAAAGAGAAGUGCAGAGGGCAGGACACAUUGGACAUGCCAAACCCAAAGCGUGGUCUUGGAAAAAACCUUUUUGCAACCAUCGCAUCCAGCAUCGGGUGGCCCACCAAUAGAGACCCGGAUGUGCCCCAUCACACCGUCCAGGGUGCUCGCGCGGCAAUGGGCCAACCACUGUGGGCGGUGA